CGUAACGUCGUGACGCCGCCUACUCGCUGGUGUUGCUAAGAGACCGGAGGACGCUACAAACAGGAGCAGCAGUAGGGGGAGGUGAGCAGUUGUUAUUGGUAUUGCUCCGACUCCUCUCUCUGUUUCUCCCCCGGCCCGUGCAGAACUUGUAGUGUCCCGAGUGAGGAGCAGACUGAGAGGAGAUGCUGGUCACACCAAGAUGGAAGGGGAUUCAGAGUCGCGCCUCCCCCCACCUGUCACUCACACAAGAUACUGGGGACCCGCAGGACACGCCCCCCAAGCCCAGUACAGAGGGUUCCCUGCAGUUGGACACGCUCAUCGACUGCGGAGAGGAAGUGAUGAGCUGCCGCUUUAGCCCAUCAGGGAGUCUGCUGGCAGUUGGGCUGAACAGUGGGACGGUGCAGGUUUACUCCGUGUCCGACGGGAAUUGUGUCUAUUCACUGAAGGAUCAUCAGACUACGACCAGUCACCUGCCUGUAACGGCUCUCACAUUCCUCUCCGGCCGACACAACUCACAGGGGGAUCUGCUUCUGGCCACGUAUGCUGGAGGACAAGUGAAAUUCUGGCACAUCUCUACUCAGACGUGUGUCCGUACCCUCACUGAAGACAGACAGACUCUCACUGUGGCCGUCAGCCCCUCCGGGAGUCACUUUCUCACAGCAGGAUCCACGGAUGAAAUCUUUGUAUAUGACACUGAAUCAGCAAUGCGUAUGAACGUCUGUCAGCCCAGUUCUUCCCACAAGCUGAUGGACGGACAUCGCUCUCGUAUCUUUGGCCUGACUUUCCACCCCAGCAGUGAGGAGAGCUUUAUAUCAGGGGGGUGGGAUAAUACGGUGCAGUUCUGGAACACUGGAGAGAAGCACUCGCUGGGAAAGAUCUUUGGUCCUCACGUCUGUGGAGAUUCCUUGGAUAUUGACCCACAAACCAAUCAGAUCCUUACUGGCUCGUGGAGGAAGGAGGAAAAUCUGCAGAUCUGGGAUUAUAAUUCCCGGCAGAAGAUACAGACUGUUCCAAAUGAUUUUAGGGGAUCCUCAAAGAUAUACAGCUGUCGGUGGCUGGGUGCAGGUCACAUGAUCGCAGCAGGAAGUGACAUCAACAUGUGUCGUAUUAUAGACAGAAGUACUCUAAUGACUCGCGGGUGUUUGGUUGACCUUCCUGGAGGUGUUUACAGUUUGGACGUCUCCUGUUCCACUGCUCAAGCUGCACCGGUUAUUGCCGUGACCUCCAGCCAGAGCGUCUUCCUACUGCGCCCCACUGAGACUCUGCUCCCAUAGUCUUUUCUCACCUUCCCAGAAUCCUCCCUUUCCUCUAGAGAUAGGACUGAGGAAACCAGUGUGACUGCAGUGGAUUGUAUGGUGUGUCUGAAUUAUCUGUAUGAUACACCCCAUAACAGCCUUUAGCCUUAUUUGGGGGUGUGCAACACCCUUACAGCGCAUCACCUUCUUUAUAGCCGCCUCCAGUAGUCACUAGGGGCAGAUGUAGCAGAUUGCAGGAUCACUACAUGAUACUCGGAGCAUGGAGGGUUUGAGUGUUUUAUUGGGAUACACAAGAUAUCUGAUAUGCCGUGUGCUUUUAGCUGCAUUUAGCGACCCCUUCCUGCCUUGUGAAAAUACAGCUAUUUAUUUGGUUGUUGUAUAUUAAAGAGCAA